ACAAGAAAAUAACAACAACAAAAGCUUACCACUGAGGACGGGGUACACACGGCAACAUAAACAAACGUCGAGAGGACCCCUGUCAACACCGACCGGGUAUAUAUAUCUUAACAUUGUCACACCUCCUUGACCUCUCCUCGUAAAUACAGAUCACAUUACCACAAACCUCAUCAAGUGUUUGUGUCAGUGCUUCAGUAGUUACGGAUAUGGAGCACUCAGUCAAGUCAGUUCAAGCAGAUCCGAAGCCUCCACCUAGGACAGAUGUUGGCUCUAAAGGCCUGAAAAUUAACCUGAAGACAAACUAUUUUCCAAUCAGUGUUAAAAAUAAGUUUGCAGAACUGGUUCAUUAUGAUGUCUCUCUAAAAAAACACAACAAAGAUGCAAAUCUUCCACGAAAAACGAAAAUGGAGAUAUUUGAAAAAAUGAAGAUGAUAUAUGAAAAGGAUUUCAAGAAUUACCCACUUGCUUAUGACUCGGAAAGGAAUGCAUACAGUGUGGGUGUCAUCCCUGCUCUUCAAACUCCUGAUUGCCAGAGUACUUAUGAGGCGAGUAUUUAUUAAAUAUGUAGAAAUGUGAUUUUGAAAUAUCUAAUGAUAUAAUGUGUGUUGCUAGCAAUCGGUUUGAGUAAAGAUUCUUUGAAGAGAGGUUAAAACAUUGAGCUUUC